UAACAUCAACCGUGAGUUUGACUGGCUUAUAAAAACUCGCGCUGGCGGAGUCCGCUGGAAUUAGCCUACUGUAGUCUGUGGCACCGAAACUCUCCGCUUCCUCAGAGUGGACGCCUGAUACUGGCUCUAAUUACUAAUGAGACGCAUUUAACUGUCUUGGCAUCUUGUUGGAGUUGGAUAAGAGAUGACGGGUCCCUAGCGACGCUGAAGGGUGGCCUGAAUCUCAACCAACAUCCGAAGUUGGCAUGAAGCAGCGCGCUUCGUAACACAUUCAGUCUAAGCAGAUUUAUGUCCAGGAUUAUUGAUCGGAUACUCUCAAAUUUCUUCCGUAUGACUAUAUCUUAAAUAGAAGAUCCACCUGGUUAAUCUGAAGUGUUUUGGAAGACAGUUCGUGUCAUGAUGUUUCCAGCAGGCUGGGAGUCACUGGUGUUGUCCAGCGUCCUGCUUCUUCACAUCGCUCCUUUGUGUGUUAAUAGUGGCAGUAGUUCAUUUAUCUCCAAUUCGACUGGCACUAAUUCCUCAGACCUGAAUGGGGUGGGGCUUAAGCCUGCACUUCCUGGUGAAUCCACACCUAUUGCCCAGGCCCAAGUUCACUCUCGAAAACCACGAGCUGGAGAAGAGUCAGGCAGCAGUGGGGAAACCUCAACCAGUACUGUUGAUUCAUCCGAAAUGGAGCGCCUCAUUGAUCUGACGAUAGAUGGCACGGCUGGCCGGCUGCCCACGCUGGCUGAACCCCGUACACGUGGCCUGUCCCAGGUGGACUUAAGCAAGGAGAGAAUCGAGGACAGCGCCCCGCACUGGAAGAGCGAGAGACUACAAGCAGAUGGGACGUUGUUAGAUCCUGUCACCAGUCCUCCUCCUGAGUCCACCUCUUCCCAACCAGAAGAAGUUAUCACAGUGAAUUUUCUCAAUCCUUCUCACCAACAGCAUGUUCUUGAUCCUCCUGGUUGGGUCCAGGAACUCCAGGGUGGAGAUCCAACUUCCUGGACCCUUUCUGAUUUUUAUGAUUAUCUGUCACCUGACUAUUCGCCCACUGAAGUUUACAUAGAGGAAAGCCAACCAACGCCACCUGACAUGGAAGACGAAAAUGUUCCUCUCAUAGCCAGCGCAGUUCCCUCCAACACUAGAGUUAUUACCUCUGAUGAUGGAUCUGGAGAUGCUUCACCUGGAGCAUCAGAUGUGCUCAACUCUGGUUGUCUCUAUGGAUUUGUGCGUUAUAAUGGCACAUGUAUCUCGUCAUGUGACAUCUACCCCAGUUACUGCUUCAAUGGAGGACAGUGCUUUGUGGUUGACGGUAUUGGAGCUUUUUGCCGGUGUAACAUUCAGGAGUAUAUCUGGAACAAAGGCUCCAGGUGCGAGUCGGUCAUUUCAGAUUUCCAAGUGAUGUGUAUAGCAGUGGGCGGAGUUGCCAUCAUGUUGCUCCUUCUCUUCAUGAUUGUAGUCUUUUUCUCCAAGAGAAUGCAUGUGCUUAAGACUGAAAACAGACGACUUUCCAAGCACAGUAAGUCCCGCCCAAAGUCUGAGCAGCACACCGAUAACUUCUCGCUGUCCACCGUCGCAGAGGGCUCUCAGGCAAAUGUAAGGAAACUGUGUGACACCCCGACUAACCUCCCCCAUCCCCGUGCUUUGGCUUACUAUGAUAACAUUAUGUGUCAGGAUUGCACUUGCAAAGAAGAUCCAUGCAAAUGUCACCCUAAAGAGGAUGAGUCUUUGAACAACCAGAACUCGCUCACCCCAAAACUGGAAAAUGACAAGGCUGCCACAGAAGAUAAUGCGGAGGAGGUAAACUCAAUGCAGAACAUGAACAAUGUGUAGUAACACCCUUUUGCCACUAGCUGGCGCUAUGACUAUAGCACAAUUGACACCUUGAAAUUGCUAAAAUAUACCCUAAUUAGUGGACUAAACAUUGAUAUGGCACUCUUCCUUGCAUUCACCUCAAGAUGUCUCAAUGUGGGCUUCAAAACACAAAGCACUGAACUAGCAUGCUAACUUAUGUUUGUACUCUGUCAUCACACGGUGGAGUUUCUACCGCAAGAGAACCUUACCAGCACUUUGGUGUUGCCACAUUCACCUUGUCCUUGCUUGCUGUCCCUGCUGAUGUCACGCUGCAUCGUGUUAUGUCAAGCUUUGUUAUACUGUGUUCCGCUAAGACACGCUACGCUAUGAAACACUUCACCCCACAACCCAAAGGUUUAGCCGCCAGGUUUUUAACCUUUGACCUUCAGUCUUCACCGCUGUCACCUUCUGAACUCCUGUCUGUCCUGCCUUACUCAAGUCAGCAUGCAUUGGUGUUCUUUCAAGAAAAAAAAAAACAAUGUCUGUGGGAAAUAACGUAGCUAUUUAGACUGUGUAAAAAUAAUUCUGAGAUUUGUCGGUUUGUUUAAUUAUUCAGUGCAUACUAUGUCUGAAUAUAUAUACAAAAACUGCUUCGAUUAAUAUUUAUAUGCAGUAUCACACAGUUUUAAUGCUCAUUGUGUCUUGAAACUAAUUGAUUUCUAAUUAUUUUGGUGUAUUUAAUUUUUUUUUUACUUUUUUUUUUUUUUUUGGAGAAAGCAAAUGAAAAUAAAUAAAGGCAGUUUGUUUGGAAUAAAACAUUUUACCAGUACCAAACUGAGUGCCAGUGUAUUCCUGAACUCCAGCGCUCCUGUUUUGACUCCUUUUCACUUCCACUGCUGCUCCUCACUCUUUUGCUUUGCAUCUGUGCAUGGCUUUAGCGUUCCUCAGGUACUGCUAACCACACUGGACAUUUCACCUUCAUAUCAAUGCUUAAUUGCAAGACUGUCCUGACUUUACAUAUUUGGGUUUGUAUAACAAAACGUGAUUACUUUUCAUAUCAUUUGCCAUUUGCUGCCCAGUCUGGCUGUGAGUUAGCAAAGUUUGAAAAAAUGGAUAAAAAAAAUCUAUAAAACAUAACUAAAUGUAAAACAUCACUGUUCAUAAGUAAACAGUAAUACGAAUACUGUCCAUAAAUUCCUAUAAAAAAUUAAAAAAAGAUUAAGCUAUUACCAAUUUUUCCCACCUAAACAUCAUACCUAAAGUUUAAAAAGCUGCUUUCCUCUGAAAGUUAGAUCUAAGAAUUGAAUCACUGAUACAACAAUUAGACAUUUAAAUUGAAUUUGGUGAAUAAUGCCAGAUUUUUGUAUAGCAAUUAUAUGCAGACUAGAUAGAAACGAGCACGCACCCAGUCUAGUAAAUUUGACAGUUGGAAAUGUGCCACAAAAUAAGGUAUUACAAAACUUCUGAAAAGAUUAAGCAGCCCUCUGCUUACUACAGGGCCCUGGUGAAGUACAAUCCUUCGUUUAAUUCGGCUUGAUAAUACGAGAUCAAUUCCUGCAAGCUGAUUACUUGUUCAUGCCCAUUUCAUUCACCGCUUAUAGUUAGUGCCAGGUUGGUGUCAACACUCAAAUCACUCGAUAAUGCUCACAAAACAAUGACCUAAUAGUUUCCUCGAUUCACUUUGACUUUUAAUAUUUAAAUAUUGUUUUUGUGCUGGGAGUUGUUAUCAAUUUAUGCACUGUAUUUGUUAAAUCUUUAUGCUUUUUCUUUAUGUAUGGGUUUACCAUGUGUUUGUCUGUGUAUCUGUGUUAUAUGUGAUUUUUAUUUUAUUUUUCAUUCCUGUUUGUGUUGUUAUUCUUGUGUACUUGUACCUGUGCCUUUGUAUGUGUGUAUGU